AUUUGGGGGUUUCACUGCUGCUUAUUGUGUGGAGUAAUAACUUGGGGGUGUGAAUUAGCUGAGACUCGCGGCUGGUUGGAGAGCUGGUGACAAACACUCCGGAUUUGCGCGUCAAAAACGCCGAGCAACGACCUGGCGGACAUUCAUUCCAGCAGCUCAAUUCCCUCAGCUGCGGUUAAUUCUCGGAAGCACAGAACGAUUGUAUUAUUUCAAGAGGAACCGGGAAGUGGACAGACAAGUCGUUUAUGGCUGAAUGGUCACGAAGUGGAGCUUGUGUUUUGGACAGACUGUUGCUGCUGCACAGACGGGGCCGUGGUGGAGCCACAAAGCAAAGAGAAUGACAGAACAAGUCAAAGAAGACGGCGCGCCACAAAGGAGGGCAAAGCGGGACAUGCGUGCACAGAGAAGCAGUGCACUAGAUCUGUAAAGCUUCUGACUUGUUCUGUCAUCCAGGCGCCUUUUUAUGCAGUUUGGAGCAGCAGUUCCUCAUCCCGCACCUGGAAAACAAAGACAAUGCAUUCCCUGGCAGCACACGUCCAUGCGUAAAUGGAGAGACACAUGUGCGUAUUCCAAUUCCAAUGUGCCUACAAUAAAUGCUGUUUGUUUUGUCAUUAACUCCAGUCCUGUCUCAUGACCACAGUGGUAUAGAUGCUUUAUCGACUUCCUCAUACUUCAUAUCUGCCAUGAGUGAUGGCGAUGCCUGCAGAGGCUUACAGUACCGGUGCGCAGAGCAGCACCUAUGAGAAAAGCUUCAGCGCACCGGAUCGCAAUGGUUAUGUGAAAACAUUUGUCAUCCCAGUGUGCCGUGACCGAGACUAUGAGACGUGGAUGAGGCUAAUGUGCACGAAAAUAUGGAGUUCCCAGAGACUCCGGAGUGCGGUGUGCGUGGGGUCGCUGUCUGUAUUUCUCGCUUUGUUGGUCAAAUAUGCAGACUGGGAAACUGAGGCCAGCAGCAGCGCUGACAGCUCACUCUCCCUUUCAUCAUCUCCUCUUCAGUUUGUUUCAGGCUGCGCGGCAGAGCUGUUGCAAACUUGCUGGAGUGUGGUUUCGCCAUUGUUCACACUCGUAUGUGCCUUCUUUUGGGUCGGCGUGUACCUAAUCCGCUGUGGGGUGCUAAUCCAGACCGCCCUCUCCCUCCUGACCUUGUGCCACCUGGGCGAAAUAGCGGCGUGGUCUCUUCUCGACGGGACAGAUGAGCAGCUGUUUUCAUUCACGACAGCGGCCGUGGUCGUGCUCAUCUGCGUGGCCACCGGCGCACUCAUGGUAGCGCGGCUGAAUCAGGGCAUUUCGGUCAUCGUUUUCAUCAGUAUAGUUAGGACUGUCUCACUCCUCUCGCUGCACAAAGUGCGGGCCACUUGGAGACCGUACGUAGCGUACCUGGUUGGAGUGCUGGGCAUCCUGCUGGCGAGAUAUGCUGACAAGCUCCUUCCCGGUCAAGGGAGACACAAGGAGGGCUGUACCCCUGUGACUGGAGCCAGGGAAGAGAUCCCUGUAUUUAAAAGGCGCAGGAGGUCCAGUUCUGUGAUAGCCUCAGACAUGGCGCACAGUCAGCCUAACAGCAAGUCACAUCGCCGGACCUCUCUGCCAUGCAUCCAGAGGGACCAGAUGCUCCCCCGCUCAGACUGGGACCACAAGAGAGGCCCCCGAGGAUCACAGUCAUCGGGCACAAGUGUCAUGGUGGACAUAGCAGUAAUGGGAGAGGCCCACGGACUGAUCACAGACCUGCUGGCUGACCCCUCUCUGCCACCCAACACCUGCACGUCGCUGCGGGCCGUCAGCAACCUACUAACCACCCAGCUUACCUUCCAACCGCUGCACCGACCACGGCCCACCUCCUUACUGAACCCCAGCGAUGCCUACACCUGCUCUGACUCAGAGGAGGGACCUGAGAAAGGAGAGAAGACGUCCAUACAUAAGCGUCUGAGGCGGAGCCUCCACCCUGGUCUUCUAAGGAGGAUUUCUUCCACAUGGACCACCACCACCUCUGCCACAGGACUGCCUACCAUUGAGCCGGGGCCUGUCCGAAGAGACCGCAGCGCCAGCAUCAAACCCUACCAUGAAACACUUACCUGCAGUUGUGGGAGACCGUAUAUUAGACUGAACCAUGGGGAGGGCUCUAUAGACAAGGGUGACCGGAUACCACGAUCAGCAGAGGACCAAGCGGUUGUGUCAUCAGACUAUGACAGCACACACGAAGCCAACCACAGUGACAGCAGUGAUGUAGCACACACAGAGGAAGACAGAGAGGAAAGGAAAAACCCCUCCCAGAGUGUCAUCCUCCACCCACUAAUACCUCCUGAGGACAAACCAAUUCUGGCACCAGAGCCAUUAGUAAUGAAAGAUUUGGAGCCUUUGACGAGUCAGCUUAAUAAUUGGAACUUCCCUAUCUUUGACUUGAUGGAGAAGACGAAUGGGAAAUGUGGACGUAUCCUCAGUCAGGUAUCUUACAGGCUUUUUGAAGACACAGGCCUGUUUGAGACCUUUAAGAUCCCUGUAAAAGAAUUCAUGAACUACUUCCAUGCCCUUGAGAAUGGUUACAGAGACAUACCAUAUCACAACAGGGUCCAUGCCACAGAUGUGCUUCAUGCAGUUUGGUACCUCACCACACAGGCUGUGCCUGGUUUGCCCAGCCUCAUCACUGAUCACAGCUCUGCCAGUGACUCAGACUCUGACAGUGGAAUAACACACAGUCAUAUGGGCUUCCUGGUUUCUAAGACUUACACUGUGUCAGAGGAUGGUUAUGGCUGCCUGUCUGGCCUUAUACCUGCUCUGGAACUUAUGGCCCUUUACGUGGCUGCUGCAAUGCACGACUACGAUCAUCCAGGGAGGACAAACGCUUUCCUCGUGGCCACCAGCGCCCCACAGGCAGUGCUCUACAAUGACCGCUCGGUUCUGGAAAACCACCACGCUGCCUCAGCUUGGAACCUCUUUAUGUCACAGCCAGAGUACAACUUCCUUGUCAACCUGGACCAUGUUGAGUUCAAACGUUUCCGUUUCCUGGUUAUCGAGGCCAUACUGGCCACUGACCUAAAGAAGCACUUUGACUUUCUUGCUGAGUUCAAUGCCAAGGUGGGCGAUGAUCCGUCUACAGGCAUCGACUGGUCUAAUGAGAAUGACAGGUUGCUGGUAUGCCAGAUGUGCAUUAAACUGGCUGAUAUCAAUGGGCCACUGAAGCACAAGGAUCUACAUCUCCAGUGGACUGAGGGCAUUGUCAACGAGUUCUAUGAACAGGGUGACGAGGAGUCCAGCCUGGGUCUCCCUGUCAGUCCCUUCAUGGAUCGAGCAGCACCCCAGCUGGCCAAACUCCAGGAGUCGUUCAUCACACACAUUGUUGGACCACUGUGUAACUCCUACGACUCGGCCGCCCUCAUGCCCGGGCGAUGGGUGGAGCCUAACCCAGAGGAGGAAGAGCCAGAGAUCAUGGAGAAUGAGGAGGAGGAUGAGGAGGAUACUGUAGAGGAAGAUGCAUCCACCAGCUCAGAAGCAUCACAGAAAGCAACUCCCAAGAAGAGGAGGAAAGUUUUUUGCCAGAUCACCCAGCACCUGCUGGAGAACCAUGAGAUGUGGAAGAAGGUGAUCGAAGAGGAGGUCCAGAACAAGGGUCAGGGGGGAGAGUCUGUACAUUUGAACAAUGUAGCUGAACCAAUUCUAGCUAUUGAUGAGGAAGAAGAGGAAUCAGGCAGCAGAGAGGAGCAGGUAGAAGGGGAGCUGCCAGAGGAGGGAGCAGAGGAACCAGGGUGGCCCCUGUCUCCGAGGGAAGACUCUCAACCUCCAGAUGACUUAGAGGAGGGGGACCCACAGUGAAACCCUCCAUGGGAAGCACGGAGUCAGUCUGGACAAGGAUGUGAAGAAUUUUUUUUUUCUUAUCCAAUUGACAGACUAUUUGUGCCAGCACAUCACUUAGACACAACACUGUAGAUGUUUGGGAAAUGCGUGCCUAUACAGAAAAACAGGGUGGGAUAUUUUGUGCUUUAUACAUUUAAUCUCAUUAUGCCAUUUCACCAAACAUUGAAAUGGGGCUUUACGUAUUGCAAUAAAAGGAUUUUUUGUGGAUUUUGGGAUACUGACUCUUUUGCUACUGUCAAGAGAAGAAGAGAAGUGGUUGCACAGGCUUCAACCCAGCAUGGUGACACAGGACUGCAGAAAUGUGCUGCCAAUUUAUACAUAAUUAUUUUCUGAAUGCAAUUAUAUAUAAACAUCACCAUUAUUUCUGUUGAUUGUGUUCAAUUUUGGCUUUUAUUUGGUCUGAACUAGUUCACAGUAUGUAUUUUUUUCUUUCUAUACAUGAAUUAUAAAGGGAGUGAAUCAAAUGAAGAACAAUUUUCUUCCACUUCAACUUGAGACUAAAUUAAUCCUUAACAAAUCCAAAUCAGAUAUUUAUGCAUAUUGCAUUUUAUGUUUGUUGGCAAAUGACGUACAUAAUGCCAUCACGUGGAGCUAUUUUAAACACAGAUUUGAGUCUCCUCACCGUUUAUAUUGUGUGUUUCAUUGUGUAUAAUGCAGUGAGCUCUUUUACACAUUUCCUCUGCUGAUGGCAAAAAUUAAAUCAGCUGAUUAUUUUAAGUAAAUUUGACGUCACUGUCCCAAAUAUUGUACUCAAGAGACCUGCACUGAUGAGAUAAAGCAGGUUAUUGGACAUUAUUUAAAUAUCAGAAUUCUAAAUACAAGGCUUGGAUUGCACCGUAACACUACUAAAUUAAAACAAUAAAAUUUUAAUCCAUUAAAUAAGAAUGCCAGGAUUAAUUUUUUGGGCUGUUAACCGACAUCACCAUGCUGUUUCCACUCUGAGACACAGACUGUGUAUAAAAAAUGGACUUAACCAUUGGGGCAUUGGCUAUUGUGGCUGUUUUGAAGUCAGUAGAUUGACAUUAGAUUGUCGUUAUAUUUCAACAAAAGGCUUAAGCACAGAGUACAAAAUACCACCAGCACACUAAAACCAGGUAAUGACAGCAUGAUGACCUGUGGGGAAAUUUUAUUGAGAGAAGUUGAUGCUCUUUGAAUCCAUUGAUGUUUUGGAGCUAGUGCUCCAAGUGGUAUUACACUCAGGCACUUCAUUGUGGGCUUCUCGACUCAGGCCCAGCGGUUAUGUCCAUGUUUUAUACAGGCUGUGAAUGGACUCAAGGUGCUGUCUUAUACUCUAUUUUUGCUUACUGUCUUUUCAAACACUUGCAGGUGAUGCUGGCUUUGAAACCUCAGGAAAACCUCAGCUGUAGAAAUUCAAGUAAACUUGUAUCAUAUGUGAGUGCAGAUAGGAAAAUUGGAUUAUAACAGGUUAGGAAAAUACUGAAGUCACCACCCACCACUUUUCCUCUUACCUUUGUUCAGUGAAUCUGUUUGAUUUUCCUGAAACCUCAGGGAGACAUUUUUCUCUUACAAUGGCAAGACACUGUCAAUGUAGGAAAACAUUGUGUUGAUACAUGUGGAAAUAUAUUCUGGAGUGCUUAAAAUAUAUAUAGAAAAAGCAGUCCGUUGACCAGGACAAGAGUGUAAACAGAUACUCCUGUUUAUUACAAGACCUAAAUUCAUAAUGAUGUCUCAGCUUAAAAAAAAACCUUAUGUUUAUGUCAACUCCCCCCCAGACUAUUUAAGAAUUGGGUAAAAAAAAAUAAAAAAAUUUUGAUUAUUUAAAAUGGGGAACAUUUAUAUUAAUAUACAUGUUUUGGGGCAUAUGAAACAGCUCUGUUCACAUGAAGGGUAUAGAGUUUUUUUUAGGUGUUUAGCUGUACUGAAUGGUAGAAUUUCUGACACAUUAUUCUAAGUUAAAAAUCACAAUUUAAAAUCUCAGUUACAACCAGCCAGCAAAUUUGUCCAGCAAAUUUAAAAAAAAAGAGAAGGUAUUUUACGUACAUUUCCUUAGCCAAUUUAACAAAUUAACUAGGCUUAGUUGUGAAAGCAGAGGGUGAAGAGUUGAGGACAAAGUGGUUGUUAACCAGAAACAAAACCCUUCUAUUAGGGAAAAAUAAUCAGUGAUCUUGGAAUGAAAAAUAGGUUAAGAUCUUCAGGUUGUUUUUCAUACUUUUUAUCAAGCACAUUGUAGUUAUUCUGUAACAUCAGCUGGUUGUGGCCAUGUCUCUUCUCUACAACUUAGUCAUGUGAUUAAUUAUGUGAACUAUUUAAAUCUGAAAUUGUGUUUCAGACUUUAAAAAAAAAGACUCAGGCAAAACUGAAAAACAUCUUUUGCAGUAUUUAGUAAAGUGUUUUGAAAAUGUAACAACACACCUCAAAGUGCACAUAGUGAAACAUGGAUGGAAAUACCGUUUGGCUGUUGUCACAUUUUGAGAGAUGCCCUCAAAGAAAGCUGCAUAUGGGUGUUAAGGGAUGAUAAGGAUGAGACCAAACCAUUAUGAGGCAUAGCAGGGGGUAAACUAAACUUUCACAUCUUAAAAUCGUUCAGUUUUUAAUCCUUAUUGGCACAGGCUCUUUCCAUGCAUAAAUGUUAAUAUUUAUAACAAUGUCUUGUUGGGGUAAUCUCUUUUUCACAGGAAAAGGUCUUCCAGACACCUUGUCUCACCUGUAACUUAUAACUAAAUGUACAUCCGAGUGUCUUGUAUGCAGGUUUCUGCACUACUGAACUCUUCCCAUUCUUUCAACUAAUCUUCAGAAAAGAGAGCAGUACACGCCAGCCUGUACAUGAAAUGGGAUAUAAUAGAGCUUGAAGAACAUUGUUUUCUUGUAUUAUCGCAGAUCAGACAGUAACUUCCCCUGUCACCGCACAGUGUUCCUAAUUGUGGUGAAUUGAACAACACAUCCACAAUGACCUCUUUACUGCGACAACAGCUCUGCUGCAGUAUGUAGUAGGACAGGGAGAGGCCACACACAAACUCAGUAAUUGGUUGACCUGCUGAUUAGUCAUUAUACACAUAUAUACCCUAAACCCUGUAUCAGAUUAGAGCUGUUCGAAGCCACUGAGUCAUUCAGUGUAUCUUCCUGCCAAGCGAGCUGCAGCCAUCAUAACAUGCAGAAUAGACACAUUUAAUUUUUUUAACAAACAAAUAAAAAAAAAUCUGAUAUAAAAGUGUCAUGAUAUCUUAAUAUUUUCAUGAAUCAUAUAACUUCCACUUGUAGCUUCUUUUCCAAGCCUCUGAUUUUCAUAAUUACAUAAUUGCAUCACCUUAAAUACUUAAAACUCCUGCAUUGUGAAUGUAUGUGAAUGUAUAUAUAGUGUAGGACACAGUGUGUGCAUGAGAAGAAGCUAGUUUUUUCUUUUUUUGUUUUGUUUUUUCUCUGUCUUUUUGAAAUCUUCCAGCGCCCCCCUAAUGUGACUCUGACCUAUAUUUAGUUAUCACAUACUGUUGCUACUUGUAGAGAUGGUGAAGUAAUGAAGGGCAAAGAGAUGUCGUAAGUUGUUCUUCGACUCCUCGCACUCGCUUAGCUGAAAUUAUUAUUCACAGAAGGUCCUAUAGCAUAUAUUUCCAAGUGCUUCCUCUUACUGCUUUGCCUAGCUGGCAAAAGUAGUAUAAGAGUUAGCCCCCCAAACACACCCAGACACACACAUUUGCAUCAAUACUUGCAUUUAAGCUGAUAUGGUAUAUCAGUUUUAUGGUGUGUGUUUUUUUUUUUUUUUGUUUUUUUUAAGUCUUAAUUUGUUAUAUUCGAUUGUUGAACUUAUUCACACGUGUAAAAUAGUUGUAACCAAUGGGAACCAAACAAGCUUUACAAUUAUGUAAACAUUGUGAGAUGAGUAUUUUUAUAUAGUUGACACAUGAUUAAAAUGACUUCCUUUCUUCUCACUACCUUGCACUUACCACAUGUACUAAAGGAAGAAUAUGUCCAAAUACACAGUAUUUGUGAAGGUAAAAUAAUUAAUUUCCUUGCAGGUUAAUGCUCCAUUUUGUACAAUAUACAUAUAUGCUGUACAGUAAAGAAAUUUUAAAACUACAAAAACUCUUUUAGAUAUACAUUAUUUAUUUUUACCAUUUUGUAAUUUAGACACUAUACUGUAGCUUCAAUAUUGCCAGACUUACUGGAAGUGCCUAUAUUGGUAUAAUGUAUCAUACAGUGAAUAUAUUUGAAGAUCAUUAGACAUUGUCACAAACUGAACCAUGUGGAUGUUGUAAUGUGAAUACAUUGAAUUACAAAAUUACAAUUUCUGUGGUAUCCUU